AUGGGCCCGGGAACCCUCAAUGAUUCAGGAACCACAGAGUUCCUGCUGCUGGGACUGUGGGCCCCACCUUCCCUGCGCCCCCUGCUGUGGGCCUCACUUCUUCUAGCCUACCUCACCACUGUGCUGGGUAAUGGUGCCCUAGUGGGUCUGAUAGCCUUGGACAGACGACUGCAUCGGCCCAUGUAUCGCCUGCUGACCCACCUGGCCCUGCUGGACACAGCCUAUGUGAGUACCACGCUACCGCAGGCGCUGGCACACAUGACCAUGCGCAGUGCCCGCCUCUCCCUGGUACGUUGUGGCACGCAGCUGUACGUGGGCAUCUCCCUGGGCAGCUGCGAGGCCAUCCUCUUGGCAGCGAUGGCCCUGGACCGCUGCCUGGCUGUGUGCAGACCGCUGCAUUAUGCGACCCUGGUGACCGCCCCCCGCUGCGCAGCGCUGGCUGGAGCAUCCUGGACACUGGGCUUUGCACUCUCUGUACCCAAUGCGGUGGCUGCACUACGCCUGCCCUUCUGUCCUGGGAGGGCAGCGGUGGACCACUUCUUCUGUGAGCUACCUGCGGUGCUGAGGACAGCGUGUGCGGACACCACAGCCAACUACAGGCUGGUCUAUGGCCUGGGCGUGCCCAUCCUCCUGGUACCUUUGGUCCUCAUCCUAGCCUCUUACACCUGGAUUCUGGCUGCUGUGCGCAAGUUGCCUUCUGCUGGAAGUCGCCACAAAGCUUUGUCCACCUGCAGCUCACAUUUGGCUGUGGUGGGGCUCUUCUAUGGCACGGUGAGUGCCAUGUACCUGCGGCCCAAAGCCUCUAGUGAUCUUCCUGCUAGACACCAUAAACUGGUGGCAGUUUUCUACCUGGUGGUCACACCUGUCCUCAAUCCACUCAUCUACAGCCUUCGAAACCGUGAGGUCCACAUGGCAGCUCGCUAUGCCCUGGCCCGGCUGCGGGGGACGCGCAUUGUGUUGCACUAA